UGCUGGGUAAUCCAUCCUACACCCACCAUCAGACCAUAUAUAUAUAUUAUUUAUUUUUUUCAUAUAGCAGAGUAUUUUAUUUAUAAACAUAAUUAAAGACUGAAGCAUAUUUAGAAGAGGUCUCUAUAUUUAGAGAGAGAUUUAUCCAGAUAUCAUUGUAUGAAUAUUUAUUAAUUCUAUUCAGAGAAUCAGAGUGACAAUCAUGGCACAGCCAGAUAAGAAGUUUUUCGAGAACCUGUCUGGAGAAGGGAAGGCAAUAGGGGUGUUGACCAGUGGAGGGGAUGCCCAAGGUAUGAAUGCCGCUGUCCGCGCCGUGGUGCGAAUGGGAAUAUACGUAGAAGCUAAAGUGUACUUUGUUCAUGAGGGUUACCAAGGAAUGGUUGAUGGAGGAGAUAACAUUGUUGAAGUAUCAUGGGAGAGUGUAUCAAGCAUUCUGCAAGUGGGUGGAACUGUCAUCGGAAGUGCUCGUUGCAAGUCGUUUCGUACCCGUGAAGGGCGAUUAAAGGCUGCUUACCACUUAAUUCAGCGCGGAAUCACUAAUCUUUGCGUCAUUGGUGGAGAUGGGAGUUUAACGGGAGCAAACCUUUUCCGUGAGGAAUGGAGUGGACUCUUGGAGGAGUUGGUUAAAAAUGGUCAGAUUGAGGCCGCGGCUGCACAGCAGCAUUCACAUCUAAAUAUAGUCGGGAUGGUGGGAUCCAUCGAUAAUGACUUUUGUGGAACUGACAUGACAAUUGGAACGGACUCUGCCUUGCACAGGAUCAUUGAGGUUGUGGAUGCAAUCAUGACCACAGCUCAAAGCCACCAGAGGACUUUUGUUCUGGAAGUGAUGGGAAGACACUGUGGGUAUCUUGCCCUUGUAAGUGCUUUGGCUUGUGGAGCUGACUGGGUGUUCAUCCCUGAAAGUCCACCAGAAGAAGGAUGGGAAGACCUGAUGUGUACCAAACUUUCCGAGAAUCGCGCAAGAAGGAAAAGGCUGAACAUCAUCAUCGUCUCAGAAGGAGCUAUUGAUUCCCAUAACAAAGCGAUUACUUCAGAAACCAUUAAGGAACUUGUUGUUAGACGUCUGGGAUUUGAUACUCGUGUCACCAUUUUGGGUCAUGUACAAAGAGGAGGGACCCCAUCAGCCUUUGACAGAAUUCUUGCUAGUCGAAUGGGAGUCGAAUGUGUCCUGGCCCUUCUUGAAGCUACGCCAGAAACCCCGGCCUGCGUGGUAUCUCUAUGUGGAAACCAAGCGGUGCGCCUCCCUCUCAUGGAAUGUGUACAGAUGACCCAAGAAGUUCAAAAAGCAAUGGAUGAGAGAAGGUUUCAAGAUGCUGUAAGGUUGCGUGGAAGGAGUUUUGAAAACAACCUCAACACCUAUAAGCUGCUGUCCCACAAGAAAAAUGUAUCUGAACUUCCAAAGAGUAAUUUCACGGUCGCUAUUUUAAAUGUUGGGGCACCUGCAGCCGGAAUGAACGGAGCUGUGAGGUCCGCUGUGAGGGUGGGAAUAACUGAAGGACAUAAGAUGCUCGCAGUCAACGAUGGAUUUGAAGGAUUUGCAAAAGGACAGAUUAAAGAGAUAAGAUGGGGAGACGUUGGUGGCUGGACUGGUCAAGGAGGAUCACUUCUGGGAACUAAACGAACCCUUCCUGCUAAGUACUUUGAGCAGAUCGCUGACCAAAUCCGUGCUCACCGCAUCAAUGCCCUGCUUGUUAUCGGAGGAUUUGAGGCCUACCUGGGACUGCUGGAGCUUGCUGAAGCCCGAGGGAAAUAUGAUGAAUUCUGUAUCCCUGUCGUAAUGGUCCCUGCCACUGUCUCCAACAAUGUGCCGGGAUCAGAUUUCAGCAUUGGUGCAGAUACUGCUCUGAACACUAUAACCGAUGCAUUUGAAAGUUUGCUGCAGCUGGCUGAAGGCCGCGCUUGCUACAACGAGCUUUGCAUCCCCAUGUGCGUAGUACCUGCCACUAUUAGCAACAAUGUACCAGGCACUGAUUUAAGUAUUGGCGCUGACACAGCUCUCAAUGCGAUCAUGGAGACCUGCGAUCGCAUCAAACAAUCCGCCAGUGGAACCAAAAGGCGAGUGUUCAUCAUUGAGACGAUGGGAGGAUAUUGCGGUUACCUGGCAAACAUGGGGGCCCUUGCAGCCGGUGCAGAUGCAGCUUACAUCUUCGAAGAACAAUUUGACAUUCGUGAACUUCAGGCAAAUGUGGAACAUUUAACGGAAAAGAUGAAGACGUGCAUCCAGAGAGGUCUUGUGCUAAGGAAUGAAAACUGCAAUCAGAAUUACACAACAGAUUUCAUUUACCAGCUCUAUUCAGAAGAAGGGAAAGGAGUGUUUGACUGCCGAAAAAAUGUUUUGGGACACAUGCAACAGGGUGGAGCACCUUCGCCAUUUGACAGAAAUUUUGGCACAAAGAUUUCUGCUAAAGCCAUUCAGUGGAUUUCCAGAAAGUUGAAAGAAACCCACAGAAAAGGAAAAAUAUUUGCAAACACAGAUGACAGCGUCUGUCUAUUAGGAAUGCGAAGACGAGCCCUGGUUUUCCAGCCAGUCAUUCAGUUAAAGGACGAGACAGACUUCAAGCACAGAAUACCAAAGGAACAGUGGUGGUUGAAGCUGCGACCCCUGAUGAAAAUCUUAGCCAAAUACAAAACUAGUUAUGACAUUUCUGAUGCCGGCCAGCUGGAGCACGUCAUUGUGCGCAGAGAGAAAGAGGUGGAAGCAGGAAGUAUUUGAGACCGUCAUCAAGCCUGUUAUUAUAGCCUAUAUACAUUGUGUGCUAAACCACGAUAGAAUAUAUUAUUUAAAUUAUAUGGAUUCCAGCACUAUAUGUCCACACAGUACUACGUUUUAAACCUGGAAAUCAUGUAGAAAAGUAAAAGGAAGACCAUUUAUAAGAUUACCUACAUCCACCAAUACUCUUUUGGGAACCUUUUAGCAACAUCCGAGAGAGCAACACUGCUCCUUGCACCAAGUUGGUAGACUACAGUGGGCUUCAUUCACUAAAGGUCGGUAAUUGUGAUCAGUCGUGGCAUAGCACUGUUCCUUAAUAAUGAUCACCUUUUUCUGUGUUACUGCCACAAGAGGUGAAACCUUUGUGAAACUCUUUCUUCAUAGGAUAUAUUAUCAUUCGCAUCACUGUUAUAAUUUCAGAUGAAAAAAAUUGAAUCUGACCGACUAGGCUUCAUCACAACAAAAACGGAUAUUACGCCGUGACCUAAACAAAAAUACGUAUAGUAUUGUCAUAAUGCGGUCUACUAGUCAACAUUUCAAUUCUAAAAUAAUGCCCAAAGUGUGAACCAUAGCUUUUAUAAAAUGAUAUAGACUAUUAAAAUAAGAAGCAAGACAGGACAAGUAUCAAGAUGGAGGCUGUGUGUGUGUCUUGCUUGUAUCUAAUUGCUUUCAACGAAGACAUAGGAAUAUAAUAUAUAAUAUCUCAUACUUGUUUGUGAUAUCCAUAGCAUUUCCUAUGAAUUGUAUCAGAAUAAUGUUUUAACUCCUGUUUUAUGACCUACUUUACCUCAUGUUAUAUCACAUUUACCUCACUUUUUGUCACUUGUUAUAUGCUAUUUCUCACAUGUUAUCCCCUGCUAACCACACCAGCAGUUUAAUAGCUUGAAAAUGACUCAUUGAUCACUAAGAAACGGAAGGGUACUCCAAAAAUUCCGGUCUAAUGAAUAAUCAAUUUCAAAAAUCUUCGAUCACAAAAUACUGACCUUUAGUGCCCUAAGCCCAGUAUUGGAUUAAAUACUGCUUUCUUCAAUUGCAAAAAACAAACUAAGACACUCAUCUUUGAGGUGGUCCCCAGUGCAAUAUGUGUAGUUGCAUUUAUUUCACUUAGAGAUGUAAUGGAGCCACAAAUAAAUGUGCAAUGUCUGAAUGUCUGUGUUUAUUUUCUUAGUGGCAAGUUACAGGAUGCGUUUCUGUACUGUACCAAAAAUAAAGAUACUAUUGUCAAAUCAA